GGAAGCAAGUUGGAGAAGCCCAGGAGGCGAACCUUGGAGACGAAUGCAAAGACUUUAUUCGUGGAUAUAUGAAGAAGAUAGAAGAAAGCGCAGGGGAAUCAAAUGCUUUAUUUACUGACCGCUACCUCGUUGGCAACGUAAACUCCUUCCUCAUGGGUGGUACCUUCAGCACAACCAGCACGAUGAUGUGGCAGAUGCUGAAUUUUGCGAGAAACCCAGACACGGUUCAAGCGCGGGUGCAACGUGAAAUUGAUGACGUGGUCGGCCACGAUCGCCAGCCUACGUGGGAGGACCGGAAGCAGAUGCCAUACACUUUGGCCUGUGUCUGGGAAGCGGACCGAUGGAAGACGGCUGGGCCGCUUGGCCUUCCGAGAGAGUGCGCAGAGGACGUCGUGGUUGGUGACUUCUUCAUACCGAAGGGAACUAUUGUCCUUCCGAACAUUUGGGCGGUUCACAAUGACCCUACUCUUUGGAAAGAUCCUACGAAAUUUGACCCGGGACGCUACCUCAAUGAGGAUGGGACAUUGAUUUCGCAUAAGCCCGAGCAUUUGAUACCCUUCUGCAUUGGGCGCCGAGCUUGCCCUGGAGACAUGUUUGCCACAAUGGAGAUAUUCCUACUGAUCACGUUCCUGCUUCAGAAGUAUCGCAUUGUGCCGGACCAGCCAAUUGACUGUGACUUGGACUCCCCUGAUACUGAGCUCUCGCACAUCAGUCAGAUCAAACUGCGCUUUUUACCAAGACAUAUGGUUAAUUUCUGAAAGAGUGGUGCCCUGCAUAUAAAAUUUUUGAUAUAGAUGCUGAUUUGGAGAGUAGACAACCCAUUUCGACAUGUCUCUGAAAUGUUUUUCUGCCUGUGCUCAUAGUACAAUCGGUUCGCUUGCUGGCAGUGGUUUUGCUGGGUGGCUCAACUUCCACAGAAUUCAUAUGUCUGCAGUUCAAGGUACCUAACCAAAACAGGAAAUAUAAAACCAAUUCGGGCUAUCUGGCAAUGGGUUAUGUUGACCCUCCAGCCUCCAACGCUUGGCGAACCAUUGCAAUGCUCGACAUACGAGCGUUUUUGCACACUGCCCGCAUUGAACUAGCAGCCACCGCGGCCCUGAGUCAUACCCGCGACGUUGUACUAACUUGUAGAACGUCGCAGCUACAAUGACAGCACUCUCGCGGCGAUAAUAAAAUAACUAAAUGAACAAAUAAGCAGUGGUUUCCAAGUGCUGCCCCAGUUCUUCCGUCUGCAUGGUCACUUAAAUUUGAGCCAUUAGGUUGGAGAAUACAAGAAAAAAUAAGGACAUAGGUGUGACAUGUUUGCAUAUUUAGUUGGAUAUUAUAAUUUGAAGCAGAAUUUUGUAAAUUGCAGGGAAGCUAUUUUGGUGCUCCUCGUUUAUUGCAUCACAUUCUUCGGAUCCUGUGGGAUUCAAUACCGUGUAGACAAAUUCAGUGUCAUCGUAUAACGGAAUACAACCUAAUGCAACUCUGCGCGUUAUAGUCGCAGCAGUGUCAGUAGAGAAUGAUAAUGAUUACUUAUGUUGAACGGAAGCACUUUCAUGAGAGAUCUGCGACAUCAGGUGCAAACUAUUCCAAAAGAUCCCGUCUAUGGAAUGACCUGCAGCGUAGCAACAUUCCCACUAAACAUACUUUAUUUUUUUAGCUGUC